AAGUAUUUUUAUCCACCCCUGGAAUCCAAAGACUUCCACAAAUGUUAUUUGGGCAGGGUCGAAGCACUGCUCAAUUCAUUCCAAGUAUAAUGGAGAUGAAUAAGGUUAAUUUGAGAGCUGCUGCAAUUGCUCUUAUUCUUGCAACCUGUACCAUCUGGAGGGCCUCUGCAGCCGGAAGCAUAGCCAUAUACUGGGGCCAAAACGGCGGAGAAGCCUCUCUUACCCAAACCUGCGCCGCAGGUAACUUCAAAUACGUCAUUCUCGCAUUUCUCCCCGUGUUUGGAAAUGGCCGCACACCGCAGCUCAAUCUGGCGGGCCACUGCGACCCUUCCUCUGGCGGCUGCAAAUCACUGAGCGGCGAAAUAAAAUCAUGCCAACAGAGAAACAUAAAGGUGCUUCUGUCCUUGGGAGGAGGCGCUGGAAGCUAUUCCAUCGCCUCUGCUCAAGAUGCACAGAACGUGGCGAACUAUCUGUGGAACAAUUUCCUGGGCGGGAGUUCUUCGUCGCGGCCUCUGGGCGACGCCGUUUUAGACGGAAUCGACUUUGACAUCGAGGCAACGACUGCGCACUGGGACGACCUGGCCAAAGCUGUGUCCGCGCUUUCUUCUCGCGGCGGGAAAAAGGUGUUUCUCAGCGCUACUCCGCAGUGCCCUUAUCCCGACGCCUCUAUGGGAAAUGCCCUGCAGACGGGGCUUUUUGACUACGUUUGGAUUCAGUUCUACAACAAUCCCCCUUGCGAAUACGGCAAAGGAGACGCUUCCAAUCUGGUGAGCUCGUGGAACAAGUGGACCACUUCCAUACCAAAAACUACGAGUUUCUUUUUGGGAGUUCCGGCUUCCAGCGCCGGUGCAAGUAGUGGGUUCAUUGCCCCCGCUACGCUGAAGACGAACGUGCUGCCUCAGAUCAAGAAGUCGUCCAAAUAUGCGGGAGUAAUGCUGUGGUUCAAGUUCUAUGACGAGCAAACUCAAUACAGCUCAUCUAUUAAAGAUUCUGUCUGAGAUGAGAGAUGUUCGUCACUUGAGCUACAGGUGUAUAGUAUAGUAUAUAUCAUGUUAAAUAAUACUCAAGCCUCCUGUAUUGGACUGUAAGUAGAGAAUACUCGAGUUUAAAUAAUGCUCUUUGCUACUUAUGUUCUCUUGUUGGCUUCGUUUUCGUAGCAAUUUAUGUUUGGCUGCUUGGAUAUAUAUGGCAGUACUUGCAGCUUUUAGUUAAAAUCUCUGAUGCCAGAAACGUGACGGCAAGGCUCCGUUGCACGUUUCAAAAGGGGUUUCCGUUUCAGAACGGCCGUUUCUAAGUCUGCUGAACAUUUCUUCCG